GUUUAUAGUUUGUGUUUGGCUCAAAAAAAAAACAUUGCGUCUGUUUAUUCGACUAGCUUGUAUGAAGUUUUGUCACCUAACUUAUAGUAAACCGGAGCCAACAAAUGGCCGCACUGAGCAGCGUAGCGGGUCUGGACUGGCUGGACGGCAGCACUCUUAUAAUAUUUCUGUGCGUUUUCCUGCUCAUUUCCGCUGUUUGGGAAAACAGAGUGGCGCAGAACUUUCCUCCCGGACCGUGGACGCUGCCUCUGGUCGGCGACGUCUUUCGCGUCAGUCCCAGCAACUUUCACCUGGAUCUCAAAGAGUUUGCAGAGAAACUUGGAGACAUUUAUAGCCUUCGACUGUUUGGUGAAAGGAUUGUGAUCGUUAACAGCUACAAGCUGGUGAGAGAAGCCCUGGUUGAAAAUGGAGAAGACUACACUGAUCGACCAUACAUGCCACUGUUUGAAAGGCUAUUUGGAAGUAAAGGGCUUGUGGGAUCCAAUGGUUCUCCAUGGAGGCACCAGAGGAGGUUUGCUCUUCACACUCUGAGAAACUUUGGUUUGGGGAAAAAGAGCCUGGAGCUGUGCAUCCAGCAGGAGUGUCACUAUCUCACCGAGGCGUUUGCAGUUCACCAGGGAAAACCUUUUAGUGCAGAGUCAUUGAUAAACAAUGCUGUGUCCAAUAUCGUCUGCUGCCUGGUGUUUGGAGAACGAUUUGAGUACAACGACAAACAGUACCAGUCUAUACUUCAGGGCUUUGGUAAUUCACUGCGAUUUGGAGGAAGUUCCUGGGCACAGCUUUGUAAUCUAUUGCCGCGGCUGAUGGACUGGCUACCUGGACCCCAUCAGAAGGUAUUUCUGGUCAUGAAGGGUAUAAAAGGCUUUAUACAUGUGAAGAUCAAAGAGCACAGUGAAAAGCUGGACCCCUCCUCACCAAGAGACUACAUUGACGCCUACCUCAUUGAAAUGGCAGAUAAGGGGGAAAAAGACUCUGUUUUUGAUUUAGACAGUUUGUGUUCUUGCACCCUGGACCUAUUUGUUGGUGGAACUGAAACUACUGCCACUACUUUAAAAUGGGCCCUGUCAUACAUGCUCUACUACCCUCACAUACAAGAGCGAGUCCAGGCUGAGAUAGAUGCUGUGGUUGGUUCCUCCAGACAACCUUCUGUGUCUGACAGAGACAAGAUGCCCUACACUAAUGCUGUCAUCCAUGAGAUCCAGAGACUGGGCGACAUCUCUCCACUUGGCUUGGUCCGCAGGACAAGCAGGGACACAGUUCUUAACAAAUUCACAAUCCCAAAAGGCACUGCUGUCUUAACAAACUUAAGCUCUGUUCUACACGAUGAGUCAAUGUGGGAAACUCCACACUCCUUCAACCCCCAACACUUUCUGGACCAGGAUGGUAAAUUUAGGAAGAGAGAGGCCUUCCUUCCUUUUUCAGCAGGUAAGCGUGUGUGUCUCGGGGAACAACUGGCCAGGAUGGAGCUGUUCCUCUUCUUCACCUCCCUCCUUCAGAGGUUUUCCUUCUCACCAGCUCCUGGAGAGCAGCCCAGUCUGGAGUUUAAGCUGGGAGCGACUCGCUACCCAAAACCUUACCACCUCUGUGCUGUACCACGAUUUCAACUGAUAUUAGAAGGAAGCUUGUGUGCACAGAUUUACAACAUCAUGCCCCAGCUGAUGGACAGACUUCCUGGACCUCACCAGAAGAUAUUUGAUUUGUCAAAGAGAAUACAGGACUUUAUACUAAUAAAGAUCAAAGAGCACAAAGAAACCCUGGACCCCUCCUCACCCAGAGACUACAUCGACUCCUUCCUCAUAGAAAUGGGAGAGAAGGAGGAUGAAGAGUCUGGUUUUGAUUUUAACAAUUUGGUUAUCUGUGUUCUGGACCUGUUUUCUGCUGGAACUGAAACUACUACCACUACUUUACACUGGGGACUGUUGUACAUGAUCAACUACCCUCACAUACAAGAGCGAGUCCAGGCUGAGAUAGAUGCUGUGGUUGGUUCCUCCAGACAACCUUCUGUGUCUGACAGAGACAACAUGCCCUACACUAAUGCUGUCAUCCAUGAGAUCCAGAGAUUUGGUGACAUCACCCCUCUCAAUUUGUUCCGCGUGGCAAACAAGGACACGAUCAUCGACAAGUACACAAUCCCAAAGGGCACCACAAUCGCACCCACACUGAACUCUGUCCUGUAUGACAAGUCAAUGUGGGAAACUCCACACUCCUUCAACCCUCAACACUUUCUAGACCAGGAUGGAAAAUUCAGGAAGAGAGAGGCCUUCCUUCCUUUUUCAGCAGGUAAGCGUGUGUGUCCGGGGGAACAACUGGCCAGGAUGGAGCUGUUCCUCUUCUUCACCUCCCUCCUUCAGAGGUUUUCCUUCUCACCAGCUCCUGGAGAGCAGCCCAGACCAAGUUCAAGCUGGGAGCGACUCGCUACCCAAAACCUUACCAUCUCUGUGCUGUAACACGAUGAAUCGUCAGAAAAUGAACCAUCUUGUGUUACAACAGAACAAUAAAAAAAAAACUUUUAAUCCCCUUCAA